AUGGUGAAGAAGUAUCCGGUGGUGAGUGACGAGUAUCGGGCGGCGGUGGAGAAAUGCAAGAAGAAGCUCAAAGGGCUUAUUGCAGAGAAACACUGCGCUCCGAUCAUACUUCGAGGCAAAACCCUGUUCGUGUAUCUGGGGAGAAUUUCGUGUCUAUGGUCUUUAUCGAAUAAUGUUAAAGGCUCAAUGCUAACGCUUCAAGCUAGCAGAAACCUUUGGAUGGAAUUGGAUAUCCGAUUAUUCAACCUCUUAGUCAAACAGUCUGGUGAUCUCCAGGAUUCAAAUAUCGAUGAUUAUUUGCCUUUGUUGUGGUCUUUUAGAUGGCACUCAGGUGGGACAUAUGAUUGGAAAACAAAGACUGGAGGGCCGUUUGGGACAAUUAGGAACCCAGCUGAGCUUUCACAUGAAGCUAACAAUGGGCUUGACAUUGCUGUUAGGCUGCUGGAGCCAUUAAAGGAACAAUUCCGUAUCCUCAGCUACACAGACUUUUACCAGCUGGCUGGUGUUGUUGCCGUUGAGGUAACAGGAGGGCCGGAGAUUCCUUUCCAUCCUGGAAGACAGGAAAAAACAGAACUCCCACCUGAAGGCCGCUUACCUGAUGCAAAGAAAGGUCCAGACCAUUUGAGAGAUGUUUUGGGGCAUAUGGGACUAAGCGACAAAGAUAUUGUUGCUUUGUUUGGUGGUCAUACCCUGGGUAGGUGCCAUAAGGAAAGAUCUGGAUUUGAGGGACCGUGGACCCCUAAUCCGCUUAUAUUCGAUAACUCUUACUUCAAGGAACUUCUUAGUGGGGAGAAAGAAGGUCUCAUCCAGCUGCCAUCUGACAAAGCUUUAUUGGAUGAUCCUAUUUUCCGACCUCUUUUGAGAGAUAUGCUGCUGAUGAAGAUGCCUUUUUCCGGGACUAUGCGGAAGCCCACUUGA